AUCACUUUGAGGGCGAGAAAUGGAGCUUUAGCUUGACUUCUCAUCCUAAAGACAGCACCCCCAACUAAGUAACAACACUCUUACUACUGCAGCCUUGAGUGGCACUGGAACCCAAGCAGUCUGACUCAGAAGGGAGAAUGAUGCCCUGUCAUUAAAACAAAUACCAAGCCAGCGAAGUACUGGAGCUAUGCUGCGUUGGUGGAAGUGCCAGCUUUCAGCUGAGACCUUGGACUGAAGUCUGAGCUGUCGUCUGACGGUAAGACAAUGCCAUAGCGUUCAUUUGAAGAAGGGCAGGAGAAAAAUACCUGACAAUAUUUACCCCUCAACCGGCAUGGAGAAAAAGGUUUAUCUGUCCACGAUCGGUGUUGUUUGCGUGUGUGCAUCAAAAGUACUUAUCUGGAUAUGAAAUCUCACUAUAAAUGCGAGCUCUUUCUGACAAGAAUUUCCCAGAACGAACUCCAGCAGAUUUAAGAGAUUAAUUAAUUAAUACUAUCCCGCGGCUCCGGUUGAAGUUUUUUUUGCGGAAUACAGUUACCUCGGACAUAAUCAUUUUUCAGUUACUUUCACGCGUUCUUUAAGGUCGGCCUGCUGGGCCGUCACCGAUACUGCGGCUUUGGAGGGGGCGGGAGACGCUGCCGCGGGUGUGGCCUCUUUAAAGGGGAGGAGAUAUUCUCCCACUCCGGGGGAUCAGAACCGAAGAUGAUCGCGCUGAUGUUGGGGAGAAAGGGGAGUCUGCCGGAUCUUCCAACCCCGGAGCCGUUUUAUUCCCAUUGGUUUGACAUCACGUAACCGGAUGAAAUGGAGUGAAGACAGUUGGAAAGGGAGGGCAAUCUGCGGGUCCUCGCACUCUUUAUAAACGGGAAACCCCUCUCCCUUAGACACCAAAACCUCAGCGCUUCGGAGCGGAACAUUGACUGGAGUUCGUUACAGCUCAGGAGCAAGACAGUUCCUGCAAGAGGCUCAGCCACAAAACUACAAGCAACAAGGUGACAAGGAGUGGAAAGGGAAAAGUGCAUCACCGCUUCAACACGAGGAUUGGCAUUGAGAAGAAAGUUUGGUGGAAGAACAAGCAGGAGCAGAGAAGAAUUGGGAUGGGGAGGUGAAAGCAAAUCGUGUGCCAACCAUCUCUGGAGGACUUGGAAGUGCACAGGUCGGUGUUGUGUGCUACAGAGUUUGGGCUCUGAGUACAAGGAGUCCAGCGACAGACACUUUCCUGGGUCAGCGUGAAGAGAGGGAGGGAAUCCUCGCCCAUGGAUGUUGUUCUGGGGUGGAGUGAAGGGGACAGGAGGCUGCAGGUGCAGCCCAUCCUGUGGCUGUCCUUGCUGCUGCUGCUCUGCCUAGAAGCCUGCCGCUGGCUGCGGGACUGGAGGAGGAGGAGGAGUAGCGGGGGUCGGAGCCUCCCGGGCCCCUUUCCCUGGCCGCUGGUGGGCAACGCCCUGCAGCUGGGCGACUCGCCGCACCUGACCUUCGCCCGCAUGGCGCGGCGCUACGGCGACCUCUUCCAGAUCCACCUGGGGCGCCGCCGGGUGGUGGUGCUGAACGGCGAGGCGACCAUCCGCCGGGCGCUAGUGCAACGCAGCGCGCAGUUCGCCGGGCGGCCGGACUUCGCCUCGUUCCGCCUGGUGUCGGGCGGCAAGAGCCUGCCUUUCGGCCGCUACAGCGACCAGUGGCGGCUGCACCGGCGCCUGGCUCAGAGCACCCUGCGGGCUUUCUGCGGCGGCAGCCCGGGCUUGCUGGAGCAGUGCGUGUCGAGCGAGGCGUGUCACCUCAUCGAGGCCUUCCUGAGGCUGGGGGCGGCCGGGCGCCCCUUCGAGCCGGCGCGGGACCUGGCGCUCGCCGCCGCCAACGUCAUGUGCUUGCUGUGCUUCGGCCGUCGGUGCGCCAACGAGGACCGCGAGUUUCGGCGGCUGCUGGGCCUGAGCGAGCGCUUCAGCCGCGCGGUGGGCGCCGGCAGCCUGCUCGACGUGAUGCCUUGGCUGCGGGCCUUCCCCAACCCGGUGCGCGGGCUCUACCGCGAUUUCGAGCAGCUCAACAGCGGCUUCUUCCAGUUCGUCAGCCGGCAGGUCGCCCGCAACCGCGCCACCUACCGGCCGGGAGUCACCCGGGACAUGAGCGACGCCUUUAUCGCGGGGGUGGAGCGCUGCAUGCCGGGUAAAGGCGGGAAAGCCGAGGAGGACGAUGGCGACGAGAAGGUAGGCCUGGACCCCGAGUUUGCGGAGAGCUCGGUCAACGACCUCCUGGGGGCGGCCCAGGACACCACCUCAACCGCCCUGAGCUGGAUCCUCUUCCACUUGGUGCGCCUGCCGGGCCUGCAGAGCCGCCUGGGCCAGGAGCUCGACCGCGUGGUGGGCCGGGAGCGGCUGCCCAGGGCCGAUGACCGGCGCCGCCUGCCCUGGCUGGAGGCGUUCAUCUACGAGACGCUGCGCUUCAGCAGCUUCGUGCCGCUGACCAUCCCGCACGCCACUACGGGCCCCGUCGAGCUGGGCGGCUACCAGCUGCCAGCCGGCACGGUGGUCUUCGUCAACCAGUGGUCGGUCAACCACGACCGCCGCAAGUGGACCGACCCCGGCUCCUUCGAGCCCGCCCGCUUCCUCCGCCGAGACGGCAGCCUGGACCGCGAGCUGGCCGCCAGCGUGAUGCUGUUCUCGGCCGGCAAGCGCCGGUGCCUCGGCGAGCAGCUCUCCAAGACGCAGCUCUUCCUCUUCACCGCCAUCCUGCUGCACCAGUGCGUCUUCCAGGCCAACCCGGCCGAGGAGCUGGGCACCGGCUGCUCCUACGGGCUGACCGUUCGGCCGCAGGCCUUCACCCUGUCGGUCAAACUGAAGGACAAGCACCGAGGCAUCGUCUCCCCAGCGUGACCGUCAUCUUGCCCCACAACGCCCCCCCCCCCGCCCACAUCCAAAUCCACCGAGCAAUGUCCCUUCUCCCACCCCCCAAAUAUCAUCCAAACACAACAUCCCAAUGAAUGCAAAAACAGAAAUUUACGGGAAAGAACUCCGCAGGUCCGGCAGCACCUGUGGAGAGAAAUCGAUAGUUAACGUUUCGGGACCGUUCCUCAACAGGAUGAAAAGCCACCAAAAGUUGUCACAUCUCUCCCUUCUCCCCGGUGUACCCUCCCCGUUCUCGGUAUUCGCCCGGGGAGUUGGAAACAUGUGUCAGAACACGCGGCGGAAUAUAGCUCACGUUUGGACCGGAGUUUCAGCAGUUAACCGGGUUCCCUUCAAAUUCACGCCUUAGAAUUUGCCCAUGUAGCGAAAGCUGAGUCUUAACUUCAACCGAUCCCGGUUUCACAACCCAGCGAGAGGGCCCGAAGACGCUACCGUUUUGACGUGAAACAGUUCCUUUGAGAAUUCAUGUUCAGUUGUAUGUCACAAAACUAUUUCUUCAAAUACACAUUGACAAGAGUUGCUUUCACGGGAAGUAUGCAAGCUGAACUGCACUGAAAUUUGAACUGUCAUCUAGCUCUGCUGGAAGGGACAACAUCUUUUACAAUUACAAAUGCUUCCUAUUCAGUCACUGUUACUACUCGGUGUGAAUGUUCAGUAGCUUUGAGAAACUCCGGUAAUUUUUUUUAUUUGUAUGUAAUCCGUUUGAGUUGCGGGACUGAGGAUGGGGAGCAAGUGUCGAUGUAUUGGUGGAAAUGUUUUUUUUUGGGGGACCAGCCUUUCUCUACGUUGGGUAAUGUUUUAUUUGCAUUCACAUUGGAUGAAGAGUCUUCUCUGAAGUCCAUCCUGAAUUUUUAAGCAGUCUCUCGGUGAUCCCACUGAACUGUUGUUGAUACCCACUUAAAAGAAAGAUUUGCCUUAAACAACUCACCUAGUGCCCCUGGUAGUUAAUGGCCAGUAAGAAAAACUCUUGAUUUAUGGAGUCGUGAAGUGUGCCCUAAUAACUAGUACCUGGCCUACACAGCAAUCUAGGAUUAGAUUAAAACCAAACUGCAGCUGUCAGCGUCUCAGCCUGUAUGAUACAGCUUGUUAACAUAUACACACAUUAUAUACUAACAAUGGAAACGUGGAAGUUGAAGUAAAAUAAGAAAAUGUUGUGGAAAGCUGGUGCCUACUGAAGAGACAAUCCUUAUGAUGCUAAACCGACAUUAUAAUUCAAUUCUGAACUUAGACUGCACUUCAGAACUGAGCCUGUUUUGCUCAUCUAUAUUUCACUAUUGUGACAGACACGUUGUGUAUUCGGGCUGUUUGUGGUGUUGGCACAGAUACAAAUGUAGAGACACACACAACCCCCCACCCCUUGUGAUGUGCCUGACUCUCGUUAAAUGCUGUGAAGUCAAUGUAACACAAAUGUAUCUCGUCAUUAAGAUGUGAAGUUGAGGAAGGUGUCAUUUGAUUGUGUAUUAAGGCAUCGUUUCCUCCGACAAACCUGGUUAAUUUGAAUUUUGUCUGAUGCAAUCUGUAUUUAGUUUCACUGCCUGUUCAAAUUCUGUAACAGAUUGAUGUUACAUAUAACUGUCACUGUACAUGACUGCUGUAAAUUAUUCUGCUCAUUCAUGCAUAUAACUCACACUGUGGAUGCUAAUAACAUAAAUUUUUAUGUCACAAUC